AUGACUGUCCCCGCACGCGCAUCUCGAAUCCGUAAGGAACCCCCAAAUGUCCACGCAAUCCAAGUCACUAACAAUACGCCAGGCAAUCCUGCACUCUUGUAA